AUAAAUAUCUAUUGACUGCUUUCCUGUAUUGUAUUUUUUAGGAGUGAAAAAUAAGUGAGUCAUCAUGAAUUGGGCAAAUGAAAGCUCUCCACAAGAGUUUAUACUACUUGGCUUCUCAGAGAGGUCCUGGCUACAAAUGCCCCUUUUUGUGGUCCUGUUAAUAUCAUACACAGUCACCAUCUUUGGCAAUGUGUCCAUCAUGAUGGUGUGCAUUCUGGAUCCCAAACUUCAUACACCCAUGUAUUUCUUUCUCACUAAUCUCUCCAUCUUAGAUCUCUGUUAUACCACAACUACAGUCCCUCAUAUGUUGGUAAAUAUUGGUCGCAACAAAAAGACCAUCAGCUAUGGUGGCUGCGUGGCCCAACUCAUCAUCUUCCUGGCCCUAGGUGCUACUGAGUGUCUCCUCCUGGCUGUUAUGUCCUUUGACAGAUUUGUGGCAAUUUGCAGACCCCUCCACUAUGUAGUCAUCAUGAAUCAUUGGUUCUGCCUAAGGAUGGCAGUCUGCUCAUGGAUCACUGGCUUUAGCAACUCAGUGUUGCAGUCUUCCUUGACCCUUCACAUGCCACGCUGCGGUCAUAGGGAAGUAGACCACUUUUUCUGCGAGGUCCCUGCCCUACUCAAAUUGUCGUGUGCUGACACAAAGCCCAUUGAGGCUGAGCUCUUUUUCUUCAGCGUAUUAAUUCUGCUAAUUCCAGUGACAUUGAUCCUUGUAUCCUACGGCUUCAUAGUUCAAGCAGUAUUGAAAAUCAGGUCAGCGGAAGGAAGGCGAAAAGCAUUUGGGACAUGUGGGUCCCACCUGAUUGUGGUGUCUCUUUUUUAUGGAACAGCCAUUUAUAUGUACCUGCAGCCACCUUCCUCCACCUCUAAGGACUGGGGAAAGAUGGUUUCCCUCUUCUAUGGGAUCAUUACACCCAUGUUGAACCCCCUCAUCUACAGCCUUAGAAAUAAAGAUAUGAAGGGGGCUUUCAAGAGAGUGAUGCCAAGAAUCAUUUUCUAUAAGAAAUAGGAAGUAUUCCAUUGUGAUAAGAAUCUCUCGAGUCUCUCCUUAUCCUUGAAAGUGGUAAUAACAUUUAAAGUGAUCCUACUAUUUUCCAGUCUC